UGAAGCAGGAAGAAAGCGACCGGUCUCUCCUUUCCCUGACUCACCAGGACCCCCGCACGGACUCGGUUAAACUUUCUUCCCCGGUGUGUGUGUGAGACUCUCCCGGUUCAGACAUGGCUCCCAGCGUGCAGCUGAAGGAGGCUUUUGCCGAUGUCCACGAGGGAAUCCGCGCCAUCCUGCUCGGGCCACCCGGAGCCGGGAAAGGGACUCAGGCUCCUCGAUUGGCAGAGCGCUACUGUGUUUGCCACCUGUCCACAGGAGACAUGCUCAGGGCCAUGGUGGCUUCAGGUUCUCCGCUUGGAAAAAAGCUCAAAGAGACCAUGGAUGCUGGAAAACUGGUCAGUGAUGAGAUGGUCGUGGAGCUCAUAGACAAGAACCUGGACUCGCCACCCUGCAGGAACGGGUUCCUCUUGGACGGGUUCCCCCGAACUGUCAAACAAGCAGAGAUGCUGGACGACUUGUUGGAGAAGAGAGACGAGAAGCUGGACUCUGUGAUUGAGUUCGCUGUCGACGACUCUCUGUUGGUCAGCAGGAUCUGUGGCAGACUAAUUCAUCAGCCCAGUGGCCGCUCGUACCAUAAGGAGUUCAACCCCCCUAAAGAGCCGAUGAAGGAUGACGUGACAGGUGAACCGCUCAUGCACCGCAGCGACGACAACGAGACGGCGCUGCUCUCUCGCCUGGAUGCCUACCACCGGCAGACGCUGCCUCUGGUGCACUACUACAGCGCCCGGGGACUUCACACGGCCGUCGACGCCGCCCAACAACCGAACGUCGUCUUCGCCUCCAUCGUAGCUGCCUUCUCUGCUGCCACGGAAAUCCCCGCCCGUGCCUCCGCCAGUAAAGACCAAGUCUUCUUCAUUUAAAACCUUUUUUCAUCUUCUUCCUCUUCUACUCUCACUUUUCUCCCUGCUGGCUUUUUUUUGCGGUAAACGUGGAAAAUGGAGACUCGGGGAAACUCGCCGUAUUCCACAGUGGGAUCCCUGUUGUAGGAACAGAAAAUAUUCAGUGUCGGUUAAGAACUUUUUGCUGCUCUUCAUCACAAAACUGAGUAUUUAAGCGGGAACUUGUCUCAGUAAAACUGAUCGGUAAUGAAGUAAACACAUCAUUUUAGUUUCUGCCCAAUGUCCCCAAAGAAAUUCAUGUUUGGACCCGAGUAGAGUGUCCUUCACGUCUGAGGAGAAGCUGGUAGUAAACAUCGUUUGCCUUUC